AUGGCAACUAAUGAAUGUAUUGUACAUACUUCUAAAUAUCGAUCAAAAUUUAAUCAUGCUGUUAAUUUAAUUCGGCGUGACAAAAAUUAUGAAGGACAUGUUUAUUAUGAAUUAUCCAAACGAUGUUGUUCAUGUUAUGAAAAAAAAGGUUUGAACAUAAUUGAUCUUAAUGUACUGAUUAAUAUAUGUGAUGAAAUUGUUUUGGAUCGAUUAAAAGAACCAAAAAUAGAUAAAACUUUUUAUGUUUGUACUCUUCCAUUCGAACCAGAAGUAGACUUUCGACAGCGUCAAGCAAGAAUUGGUCGUUUCGUUGGGAAAAAAGGUGAAACUUUAAUUGCUUUGCAAGACAAAUAUGAUAUUCAUGUUUAUUUUAUCAAUAAACGUUCUAACUGGGGAUUUGUUAAAAGAUGUCUCAAUCUAAAAGAUCGUGGUGAAAUACAUUACAUAAUUUAUGGACCUAAUCAGUAUGUGUUAAUUAAAAGAAAAAACAAAUUGAUGUUAGAUACAAUUCCUAUUGAUGAAAUAAAACAAGAAAUAAUUAAAAAAUGGGAAGAAACAAAUGAAAGUCAAUUGCUUGAAAGAGAAUUGACUUUUGAUCAAAAUCAAUUUCAAGUUGUAUCUCUUUCAUUCAUACCGAGAUCUGGGUGGAUGUUUGAACGUUAUGAAAUAAUGGAGCGUUUUUUAGGAGAAAAAAAUGAAAAUUUACACAAGUUAGAAGAUCAAUAUAAUGUUCGUUUACAUGUUAUUAAAAAUGACUGUUUCUGUUUUAAAUACAAAUAUUUUCAGAAACUUCUUCAAAUUCAAGAAGAUAAUUUUGAUCAGUUCUUUAUAGUCAUUACUAAGAAAAACAAAUCAAUAACAAAUGAAAUUCCUAUUGAUGAAAUUAAAGAACGAAUUACUAAACAAUGGAAAAUAGAAAAUAUUGAAUUGAUUGACUCAGAUGAAUCAUUUCCAUUCAUGUCUCUUUCAUUCGAUCCAAACAGUUUUAUACCAGAACGCAUAAAAAAAGUUCAUCUUUUUAUUGGAAGAAAUGGUCAAAAUUUAUAUGCAUUGCAAGAAAAAUAUCAUAUUUACAUAGAAAUUAUAUAUAAAUAUUCGAACAAGAAUAUUCAAAUGAAAUCUACUAAAUUAUUAGAUAAAGAAAAAUUACAUAAAGUUUAUUUAUUAAUCACAAAUAAAGACAAAUCAAUAAUGAAUGAGAUUCAUUUUGAUCAGAUUAAACGAGAAAUAAUUAAUCAAUGGAAAAAAAUCAAAGAAAUUGAUUCUGCCACAAAUAUGUCUUAUAGCAAUCAUGCUGUACCAUCGAAACAACCGGAUUUUGAUUAUCAAUGGCAUGAACAGAAAUACCGUCGUCGGAAAUGA